AUGAGACGUCAGAACCGUUCGUGCGACCAGUGUCGCAAAGCCAAGCGGGCAUGCGAUGCGCCCUCUCUAUGGGAUAUCCAGAGAAACUCAGAAAGGCUUCGAACCGGUGGUGACAGCACCAGCGGUACCUCUCUUGCUGAGGAGCAUCUUGACGAGAUUGAUUCUAGAGCUCUACGAUGUUCAUACUGCCUUCGUACUCGCAAGCAAUGCACAUUUCACUGGGUUCGCGCUCAACUACAGACUGGCCCUGCUGCCACAAGCUCAAAUAUCAACAACGAAGCACCUGCUCAGAAUGGUGCACCUCGCCGCGUUCCCGACCAGUCGCGCGCAAAGGCCAAGCGUCAACGUCCGCGCCCUCAGCAGCAGCAACCAGGACCUUCGCCGACUCAAGCUCCUCUACCAACGAACCAAACGCUUGAUGUUAAUGCAACUGCCUUGCUGGAUAUGUUGCAGGCACCUCCCACGGCACACGACUUGUCAUGUUGGGGGCCAAUGGAUACAACCGGGUUCGCCAACUUCUCUGCUUUCCCUCACACAACUUUCGAUACCAUGCCUGUGAACGGCGUCUUUGAUCCGACUGCUUUCGAUGCUGGCCUCCAUAACAGUGUUCUGCAGAGUCUUGAACCUCAUUCGACACCAGCACACCCACAUCCCAUGGAUCUCACACCUUCCACAGACCUUUCCGGUCAAGGAUUGCAUUCACGACAUCAAACUGCGGAGGAGGAAAAUGGAGACAAUGGGUGGCCUCUCUUCCAGACUCAUUCGGUUGGCAGCGAUGUUCCAUUCCAACCUUCACCUUCCGGUUCCAACUCAUACGAAAGCGACAUCUCUUCUCGGUCUCUCAGCGUGCGCCACUACCCAGAAAGUAUAACAAGAAGCUACAGCACCUCUAUUUCUCCAUUCUCCGUGACGCACAAUAUGAUGACCAAGACGAACAAUAACUUGAUCUCGGACAACCUGAUGAGGAUAUACCAUGAUGUUUUGGAGCACGCCCUGUCUUGCUGGCUGUCAGAGGAGACAUGUCCCUAUAAGCCCAAUACCAUCACUCGACCAUCCAACAACGGUGUCAGUUGGUUGGCAUCUCAUUUUGAAGGUCUCAGCGUUGGCCAGCCAAAACAGCAAGAUAAUAGAAUCUAUCGGCGUGUAAUCCAGCUCGACAAGCAAGCACAAAAUACGAAACUGAUCCGACUCAGUAAAUCGGAGGACCGAGCGGCUUCGAAGGCCCUGCAUUUGGCUAUCAUGGCAUUUGCUACCCAAUGGGCGCAAGGUAGUCAACGUGAGCGAGACAGGUUCCCACAGAACUUGACGCAGAUGGACAGCAUGAGAUCGGAGUUUGACGAUAUCAACGAGGACUUCGACCGUACACUCCAGAGGACCUUUUGGGCCCAGGCCAAGCGGGCCUUGCAGGACUGCUCAGAUAUGGAAUGUUUCCGUGUGGUUUGUGCUGACUUGAUCAUGGGACUAGCACAGAAGCCGAGAGAUGAGGAGGAUAACAACGAUAUGCCCUUUGGGAUGGGCACCUUUAGCGAUAGUCCCGUUGCUUCGGGUGAGGGAUCGAUUGCAUCUCAACUCAGCGAAAUUAUUGCCGCAGAAGGACCGCCAGUAUUUAUGGAGCGAGCAGCAAGAAAGAUGCAUGCUCUCAAAUUUCAGUACGAAGCUCGCGAGACAGGCGUGUUGGAUGCUUCUGGAAGUUCUCUAGGCUUGGAGAAGGCUACAUCUGCGGAGUCACUAAGUGAGGAGGACAGGGGUACUAUUGGCCUGGUCUACUGGAUGACAGUCAUGUUCGACACGGUAUCUUCGUCCAUGAACGGCCGGCCCGUGGUGGUUUCAGACGAGGAGUGCCACCAUGACCCGACUUAUCCAGACCAUCCAGAACACGAAUCCUACAAUAUUGAGUAUCGGCCGCAGGAUGCCAGAUGGUGGGCAGAACUAUUUGUCCGCGAAAACAAGGAGGGUGUUCUUCGUUGGCCCUGUUCGUACGAUGCUGCUUCCAAGGGUGUCGUCACUGCAGCUCCUAUUAAGGUCAUUCUCUUCCGACAUGUCUCGUACCUCCAGAACACCGUCAGAAGUCGAUACCGAGGCGAACCCGUCGAGAAGGUUAUUUCGAAUGCCAUGGCGGUGUACAAGCACUGGAACGUAAGCUACGGUGCCUUCUUUAGGGACCUGGUCGAGCAAUACGACAGUGUACCGACACUCAUUCAGAGCUGGUUUGUGUGUGUGGUGGCUCAUUUCCAUUGUGCUGCUCUCCUACUCGCGGAUCUGAUUGAGCUUGUGGACGAAAAUAAGUUGGGUCUGGAUUACUCAACUCAAGUGCGGCAGGCAGCUAACGUAGUUGUUUCACUACGAAGAGACAGUGCGGCUAUUUUGUCGGACCUCGCCCGAGUCUCGACACGCCCUCGAGCCGGUGAUGUUCCAGGCACGGGUAUCUCGGACCUGCAUUUCGCAGUAGUCGAGGGCUCUAUUCUAACAGAGCCUUGGACCAUGAUUCUCAUUAGGGCAUUCACUAAGGCGGCCAUUCUCCUCCUCACAGAAGCCGAGGAGAAUGUGCGACAUGAACACGCACCACUCGAAACCCCUGGUGUCAUGAACCUGGUCCGCCGAUGUGAGGACUGUACCAAGGCGCUUUGGUGCCUGGGCAAGAAGUCGGAUAUGGCUCGCAAUAUUGCUAGCAUCUUGUCCUCGGCACUGGGACCUUACAUGAUGCCAACGACCAUGUCACAUAUGCCCAUUUCAUCCGUCGAACCGGUUAUGGUGUAA